GAUUCCUGUUAUCUGUUAUUCGUGUUUCCAACGCGGACGAAGAGAACGAUGUUUCGUAACAAGUACCAGCAUGGACUCCUGUCCAUUUUAUACAGCUGUGGUUCGUCCCCUUUGGAGUUGUGGGACAUGCAUGUGAAGAACGGAUACAUUCGAAGGGUGACGGACGAUGAGGUGAAAUCAUUGGCUCUGGAGUUGGCUGGAACGAACGUCACGACGACCUACAUCUUUUGUCCCGCGAAUCCAAAGAAAGUUCUCGGCGUUCGGCAUCCCUUUCUGAUUAUGAUCGUGAAGAACAUGAAGAAGUAUUUCACGUUCGAGAUAACAAUACUCGACGACAAGAACAUGCACAGGAGGUUUCGAAUGAGCAACUUCCAAAGCACCACUCGUAUCAGACCCUUCUGCACGUCGAUGCCGAUCGGAUUGUCCGGUGGCUGGAAUCAAAUUCAAUUUAAUCUGGCAGAUUUCACGCGAAGAGCAUAUGGCACGAACUACAUUGAGACCACGCGUCUCCAGAUCCAUGCUAACUGCAGAAUACGACGCAUUUAUUUCGCAGACAGAAUUUAUUCGGAAGAUGAGCUACCAGAAGAUUUUAAGCUCUUCUUACCUAUCCAUCGAAGGAAAUGUGUUAGAGAGGAAGACGUGAAGCCGAAAUAUAAGAAGAAACCGGAGGUCGAAGUUGUGGAACCACCACCUUUUGAUGCGGGCGAUGCACCUGAAGACGAGGAAGGCGAGGAAGGUGAAGAAGCAUUGGAAGACGAAGAAACAAUCGAAGAUGAAGCUGCUCCCUUGGAAAAAGAAGCUACGAAAAUUGAGGCAAAGGAAGAUGAAGAAGAAGAUGAAGGGGAGGGUGAAGCUGAGCUUCCAGAAGUAACAGAUUAUGAGGCAGAAGAUGAAGAUGCUGCAGAGUACGAAACCGGACAUGGAGUUGCUACUCAUGGAACGUCUCCGGGAUACGCAACGGAAGAGGAAACUGACGGCGAACAUAUAGCGGCUGAAGACGACGAGGAAGAAUACGAAGCUCAGUAAUGGAUAUAUGAUUCUACCUUAGUGUAUAUAUUAAUUAAUAAAAAGUUUAUUUUUAUGCAGUCUCAAACACCGUUAGAAUA